UGUUUGGUGUGGUAUUUUUAAACGCAUCAAUGCUGCUCCAAUCCCCGCGCCUCGCCUGACCUAUUUUUAGCCAGGGCUGGCCAUUGUUCUAUUUCUGUCACCUGUGGGCCACGCAGUUGUUGAUUCACAUGCAAAUGAAGCUCGCUCCCUCCCUGGCUGGCAUUACUCCUUCUGCGAGCUGCUGAGCGCACAGUACAUGGCUUUCCCAUCAGCGCGGCUCUGCUCACGGGAGAGAGACGCCGUUAGACUGCAGGAGGGGAGCGGGAGAAGCAGCAGAUAGGGGAAAAAGAAGGUGGACGUGCUGUUCUUCUAACAGCGUCAGUGUGUGAGGCAGACUGAGGCAGGGCAGCGAGCGAGCGAGCGAGCGGCAGCCCCGCGGAGAGACCCUCAGAGGAGGAGGCAGAGGAAGGGAGAGAGUUGCCUGUUGUCGCGGUCUCUCCCCUGAGUGGCUGAGGGGUGGCUCUUGGUGACAGGAAACGCACGGCUUGCGAUGAGACCUGAGCGCUGAGUGGAGUAUGCUGCAGACGAUUUACGAGGGCGAGUCAAGUUUCCCCACAACAGACGGGCACGUUGGACACCAGCCGCUCUCCAGCCACAGCAAGAUGCACAACGUGAACAACUCAGUGGAAAUAAAGCCAGAGGUGGCGUUGACUGUGGAGCCCCUCUCUCCAUUGGACUUGCGUACGGAUUUGAGGAUGCUGGGCCCAGGCUCGGAUCCAGGAUUGUGGGAGCGGCAGCUGCAGCAGGAGCUCCUUCUCAUCCAGAAGCAGCAGCAGAUCCAGAAGCAGCUACUAAUCAGCGAGUUCCAGAAGCAGCACGAGAAGCUGACCCGUCAGCACCAGGCCCAGCUCCAGGAGCACCUCAAGCUCCAGCAGGAGCUCCAGUCCAUGAAGCAGCAGCAGGAACUUGCAGAAAAAGAGCGCCGCUUGGAGCAGCAGCAGCAGCAGCAGAACCAGCAGGAGAAGGAGCAGGAGAGGCACCGGCGAGAGCAGCAUGUUUCCAGCCUUAGCCUCAGGGGCAAAGAACGCUCCAGAGAGAGUGCAGUGGCCAGUACCGAGGUUAAGCAGAAACUCCAAGAGUUUCUGUUGAGUAAAUCAGCCAAGGACCCAAUCAGCAAUGGAACCAAUCAUACUUUCAUCCAUCACCCAAAACUCUGGUACACGUCUUCUCACCACACUUCACUGGACCAAAGCUCUCCACCACUGGGCGGUACAUCGCCUACAUGCCACUAUACUCUGCCAUCCCCCAUAGAGAGCAAGGAUGACUUUCCCCUGAGGAAAACUGCCUCUGAGCCCAACCUGAAGGUACGGUCCAGACUGAAGCAGAAGGUUGCAGAAAGGAGGAGCAGCCCUAUGCUGAAGAGAAGAGAUGGGAAUAUUAUGACUCCAUACAAGAAGAGGGCCCUGGAACUAAUGGAGUGUACGCCCACUAAUAGUGCCCCUGGCUCCGGCCCUAGCUCUCCUAUCGGGGCUUCCAGUGCCUUGGGAACUGAGAAUGGACCCUCCUCUCUGCCUACCACCACAAAAACUGAGAGAUGGCCUUCACAACCCAGAUUAUUCCGACCCGAGGGCUCCAUGUCCAUGCUGAGCUUAUACACAUCUCCCUCUCUACCAAACAUCUCCUUGGGGCUUUCGACCACAUCCUCAACCAUUAAUGCUGCUAUUGGGUUGAAAGACAGAUCCACGGAAAUUAAACAUGGGCUCCCCGGGCAUCUCCUGGGUCCUGUACCCCUUCAGACAGGUCUGGAGUCCAAGGUGAGCCCCAGCCACCAAGCUCUCCUUCAACACCUCCUGCAGAAGGAGCAAAUGAGACAGCAGAAGAUCCUUUCCUCUGGGCAAGGCUCCAUGUCAUCACACCCUCAGUCCCCUCUAGCUAUGAAGGAUCGCCCCUCUAGCAGUCGGCCCAAGCUACCAAAACACAGACCAUUGAACCGGACCCAGUCUGCUCCACUGCCUCAAAACACACUGGCCCAAUUGGUCAUCCAGCAACAACACCAGCACUUCUUAGAGAAACAGAAACAGUAUCAACAGCAGGUUCACAUAAAUAAGCUCUUGUCCAAGUCCAUUGAGCAGUUACGUCAGCCUAGCGCACACCUGCAGGAGUCGGAGGAAGAGCAGGAGGAGCAGCACAGAGAGCAGACGGAGAGCAUGCAGGAGGACAGGCUGCCCCCUGCAGGAGUCAUCCGGAAGCACACGCUCAGCAGCAGCAGCAGCAGUGGCUCCAGCAGUGACUUGCCCGACAUUCACUGCGGGGUCAUCAAGGUCAAAGAAGAGCCCGUCGAUAGCAUGGAUGAGGCCCUGAGCAGUCAGAGCCUAGAGUCAGAGCAGAGCACCUACCUUCACCAGGUCAAAGGCAGGCUGGUGAUAAGAGCUAUGAUUUGAGAAGCAGGGGAAACAUAAAUAAGUCUCUUCAAACGUGUGCAUCUACAGCCCUGUAGUUCACACCUAAACACACACACACACACACACACACACACACACACACACACACACACACACACACACACACACACACACACACACACACACACACACAGCAUCCAUUGCACAGUAGGUCAGCUCUUGCUGUCACCACAUAUAAAUCCCCUUCACUCUGCUGCAGCCUCGCUCAUUCCACGCUCUAGGACUGUGUGUGAUCUUUGUGUAGUGAUCUCUGUAAAAUAUGUAUGUUUCACUUUUGUGUAAAUAUGAAAAGAAUUCAGAAUUCUUUUUUAAGAGUUACUUUGGUUGUCUUUAGUUUGGCUAACUGUACAUACAGUGUUGAUUUAGCAUCUAGGGGGAAGGUUGUACAGCUUUGGAGAGCCAACAUAUUGUGUACAUUAUUGCAAAUCUUUGAAUGCUCUUCUAUCCACUUCAGUGUUGAGAAUUAUCAUAAGGUCUUGACAGUGUGUAAAGAGUGAACAAUUCAUACUCUGUAGUUCUCAAAUUCUGUAACGAUGUUCCAUGUUGAGCAGUCUCAGAACUGAAAUAAUGAACAUUUGUCUUAGAGAGAAUGUAAACUCAACUCCUAACAAUGAACGCUCCCUUUGGGCAGAUUUUGCAUCGGGAACGAGGUUGCAGUUGGAAUAUGUUCUGCCGCUUAUAUUGCAAUAGAAGGAUAAAGCACUAAAUCCCCGCUUGGGUGUGCAGGCAUCUCCCAACACACUCCAAGUCUCCAUGUCUCCCUCCCAGAGCCAGGGCCUGCGCUGAGCCAAGCUCUCCUCCCUCUCUCCCUCUGGGUCCAAAUCAAAGCUCGAGCCGGGCUCCUGCCCGGCUUUCAGCAGAGGAGUCAGACGGAGAGAAAGAGAGAGGGCCGGGCAGGAAAUGCCUUCCAGAAGCCAGGAGUUGGAGUGAUUCAUGUGUGCAGGAAUGUUGAGCGAGGAGGACCUAGGGCUGGAGGAGUCCAAGGGGCCAGGCUUGAGAAUUGAUUUACUGUCAAGGAGAAUUACAAAGUAAGUGGGGAUAUGGUUAAGGGAGUCCUUUUUAAGGGGAAUCGCUUCCUUCGUGCUCCCCAGUGGCAUGCUUACCUCAACAUGCAGGUUUGAUGUUACUUCAGUAUAAAGCGUCCUGGUUGGGACGUCGCUUCUUCUUUCUCUUUACCCAUUGCCCCUGUAAGUGCCCACUGCGACAUGUAUAGUCUGUCUUAAAGUGGUCAGUCAAAUCUAUUGCAUAGCUGUAAACCUUCCUGUUUCAUUUGUACUAUUGACUAAGUGUAAAAAAACUGCUCCUAUAAGGUUCUGUGUUUCGAUUCAUGUGGAAAUCAAAGCUGUCUGUCUUAUACUGUACAUUCAGAUUGUCCAGUUUAAAUGUUUCUAGUGUAAGUAAACACAAUCAGAACAAUGUGAGUCUUGUUCUCUUGCUCCUUUGAUUUGGUUGUAAUGAGAACCCCUUUGCUGCCAGUGGCUGUGGGGGUAUGUGUGUGUGUGGAGGGUGGUGGUGGGGGGGUCCCUAUGGUCUGUUUAUAGCAAUUUGCAUUUUUUCUCUUUUUUGCCUUGUGUGAUAAUGCUUUCUUUUUUUUUUUUAAAUAAAGCUUAAUUUACCUCUACA